UUCGAAUCGUUAUAUGUUAUCGGUUUUUGUUUUGUUUUGGAUUGUGUUUUAGUUAAAUUCAUUUUUCGGAUGAUUUAUUGCGUGUUGUGAAUUUUGAUCACCGGAAAUUGUCGAUUGUCGAUUGUAAAUGUUGUAUGAUUAAAAAAAAUUUUUGAUGAUAACAACAGUACAACGGCGAGAGUUAUUACAGGCACAUUUUUUGGUGAUUUAAAAUCCCACAUACAAACAAAAGGAAAAAAAAAUUUUUUUUUUUUUGAAAAAAUAACCGGAAAACCAAAUAAACAGUAAAAAAAGCCAACAAGAAUUGAAUUUGUUUCUUCAACGAAACAAUCGAGAGUAUGCGCAUAGAGGCGCUAGAUGUUUUUUAUUCUGUCAUCUUCAUAAUCAUUCAUCAUUGUAUCAUAGUGAAAACAUCAGACGAUGGCCAACAAGCUUGUGGAAUUAAUCGAUAUAAUAAUGAAAUUCCAUUGACCGAACGAAUUGUCGGUGGUAAUCGUUCGUAUGAGGGUGAAUUUCCAUGGCAGGUUUCAAUACGAUUAACACAUCCACAAGCGGGUAAAGUUGGCCAUUGGUGUGGUGGUGUACUCAUCGAUAAUGAUUGGGUUGUAACCGCUGCCCAUUGUAUCAUUAAUCCAUUAUUUAUGUUACCACAAGCUAAACAUUGGGAAGUACGUGUUGGUGAAUAUCAUCAAAAAAUGGAAGAUGGUUAUGAACAAACAUAUCAGGUGGCAGAAGUAUUUCAUUAUCCAUUAUAUAAAGGCUAUGAUAAUGAUAUUGCAUUAAUGAAAUUGGCUAAACCGGUGAUAACAUCUGAAUUUGUGAAACCAAUUUGUUUACCACCAAGUAUUUAUACUGAAUUUUUUGAAAAAGAAUGUGUUGCAUCUGGCUGGGGAAAAUUAGAUCAUAAUAAAAAAGGAUCCGAUGUAUUGCAAAAAGUACGAAUCAAAGUAUUCGAUAAUGCAUUAUGUCAGAAGGCAUAUUUUUCUAAAUUUAAAAUUGGAAUAAAAAGUUGGCAUCUUUGUGCCGGUACCGAAGAUGAACGUGGUGGAAAAGGAACAUGUCAUGGUGAUUCUGGUGGUCCAUUACAAUGUAAAAUCGGUUCCACAUGGUAUCUGGCCGGUGUCACUUCAUUUGGAUCGGGAUGUGCUAAACCAGGAUUUCAUGAUGUAUAUACCCGGAUAACACAUUUUAUGGAAUGGAUUAAUCAGCUUAGAUUUCUUUACUGAUUUGUGAGAUAUGAAUAUGCGAGAGAUCCAAGAAAAGAAUAAUCGAUUGAUCUUCUUAAUGAAUUCUGUCAAUAUAUUUGCCAAACAAUUAUAAUUACACCACCACUAUCAUUUUUUUUGCCAUGGUUUCAUCAUCAUCAUCAUCAUCAUCAUCAUCAUUUUAGAUUUUUUUAUAAUAAAUUCUAUUUUUUCUAAAACUAAAAAAAAAACACACACACACUUAAUGAAAUGCCCAAGAAUAUAUAUGGUAUAUAUAGAUAAUAAGAUACGUGGUAAA